AUGCCUCUUAAAUUAUAUACUUUCAGCUUUGCAUUGAAUUCAUCCAUUUAACUAAUUCUUAUAAUUAUUGAAUGUAUGAUGAUUCUAGACCGGCACCUUGCUAUGAGACAGCCACUACCCGUAUGUUCUACAAUGGCAGAACGGAAACCAUGAGGUCAUGUACUCCAGAGGCGGUAGAAUGGUGUCAAAACAUGGACAAUUCUUCUGUCAGUAGUGGCGAAAAAGCGAAGUUGCUGAAAGCAGCGAUCACGGGGCACGUGGAUUUGAUGAAGGAGGCGCAGGGCAACGCGGGCUGCAACCGGCACCUGUUCGGCCUCUAUUGUGUCGCCAUGGAGUCUGGACUCCCUGUUCCAAACAUUUUCCAAGAUCCUAAUUUUUUAAAGAGGAGUCCUUACAAGUUCAACUUGCUCAGCUGA